UCUCCACUCAAUGGCGACGGCCCUGUGAACUCCAGAUCUCCAAGGAUCCUGUCGUGUGUUCUCUGUCAGCAGCGGAAGAUCAAAUGCGAUAAAGGCGCGCCCUGCUCGAACUGUGACAAGGUCGGCGCCACAUGUACUCCCUCCACUCCAGCCCCUGCACGUAAAAGCAGGCGGACGAAUCGAGAUUUGCGAGAGAGGCUAGCAAGGUGUGAGGCCUUGCUGAAG